UGGUAAUUUCGCUUAUCUACGAAAUUCUUUUUUUUUUGAUUAGACCUAAAUUAUUACCAUGUGCAGCAUUGGUGAAGAUGAUUUUGGAGACGAGGGCGCCGCCCAUGCCAUGGUCGUGGAAGCUCUACCGUUGGGAAUCGUUCUCAGCCCAGGAAGUUGCAGCAAAUGCGAUGUAAACUCCAACGAGCUCUACAAACUUAACUUCCGAGAAGCGGAGUGCCGUGAAUGCUUUCUGGCGUAUGCGAGGCACAAGUUUCGGGCAGCUCUGGGAGCAGCCAAGAUUCUGCCAAGAAACGCAGAGGUGCUCCUUGUUCUGGACGGUUCGGCGAAAUCGAUCGUGCUGCUCGACAUGUUACACUUCGCACAAACACAAAACACAUUUAAAAGACUCCAUUGCAAUGUACAUGUGGUCUACGUGGAGGAGCAGCAUCUGCAACACCGCGAUCCUGUGGGUUUGGAAGAUCUGCUGAGUGUAUCAAGACAAUACGCACCUUUCGAAUUCUAUGUGAUUGAACUGGGACAAGGGUGCUCCCUGCAGCGGAUCAAGGAUUAUAGUCCUUCCCUCAAAGCAAACAACGAGCUUAUCUACAAGCUCCAGAAACUGCAAAGUCUGACAGCUCGCCAGGAUUACCUUCAGCAACACCGCAAGAACCUUAUCUGCUCGGUGGCUCAGAGUCUGCAUUGUACUCACGUCUUUGAAUCUAAUAUAAGUGUGGACUUAGCCACCCAGCUGCUGACUGCAAUAGCGCUAGGUCGCGGCGCCAGUGCCGCCUUGGAUGUGGCUCUCCUCGACGAUCGGCUGUCUGGAGAUGUUAAGCUACUGCGACCCCUUAAGGACCUAAGCGAGCAGGAGAUUACAUUUUACAUACAUGCACAGCGACUAAAGCCACUGUUCCAAAACGGCUCACAUUAUGGGAUGGAGCGCGGACAGACAGCCAGCGUACAGAACCUUACAUCAGCCUUUGUGGCCAAUCUUCAGCAGAACUACGCCUCCACAGUAUCCACCGUGUUCCGAACUGGCGACAAAAUAGCCGUCAAUUCCAAUCCAGAGCAGGCCUCUUGUGUUCACUGUCGAUCUGCGCUAGAUUCCGAACUAUCCGACACUCUGCUGGCUAUCGAGUACUCCAGGUCUGUUUCAGAGGCCGGCGUAAGCCUGAACAAAAACGAAAAAGAUCUCGAGGGUUUGGCCAAGAAGCGGCUGGAGAAGCAGGAUGGGCUGUGCCACGCUUGCCGCACCAUACAGGCCGAGUUCGAUAGUGGUAACUUGUUGUAGCGCAAAAGAAUAUAUAUAUAUUUUUCUAUUAAAACUUUAUUCUUUAACUACAA